AUGACUUUGCGAGAUGAUGCAAAGAUGACAUGGAAGAAGAUACAAGAGCAUACAGGUAUUGAUUUCAGAACCUGUCAAUCAAUAUAUGCUAGGACAAAAUCCAACGGGACCCCUUCAAAUAGGCCUAGAACAGGCCGGCCUGUCGUGUUCAAUGCAGAGGAGAAAGAGAGGCUUCGGCUGUUUAUCACCAGAGAUAAAAGGACUAGGCGUUUGAUGUGGGAUGAUAUAAUACAAGAGAUGGGAAUUGCAUGCUCAGUAAGAACUUUGAGGGACGUAAUGGCAUCUAUGGGCUAUCACAAGCGCGUUCCAAGGAAGAAAUUCGGUAUUCGGCAUAUAAAUAAGCGAAAACGGUUACAAUGGUGUCAGGAGAGAUUGCACUGGACCUACGAAGAAUGGAUGCGGGUGGUAUGGACCGAUGAAUCUACCUUCAACACAGCCGGCUUUGGCCAUCGUCCAUGGGUAAUACGCAGAGCAGAUGAGGAAUAUCAUCCCGACUGUAUCGACGAGAGAUGGGAGUCAGGCAAGCAAUCUGUCAUGAUUUGGGGAGCGUUCUGUGGCCCUGAACUCAAGUCAGAUAUAUAUUUUACCCUCUUUUGA